AUGUCGACCGAAGAAAAAAGGCGAGCAUCGCUGACGAGCCUUUCUGACACAAGGAAGAAAAAGAUUCGCCCUCUGACGAAUAUUCUCCUGUGCCAGGUGGACGGUGGCGAUGCGGCGAUCCCUUUUGCCGAUGACCCGCCGAUAUCGACCAAGUCGAGUGUUCGCCUGGCCCCAUCGGCAUACGAGUCUUCGGAAGUCAUUUCCAACCCCCACCUGACAAGCGCAAUUGAGGUCGACUCCGCCACGCUCAUCGACAUACCGCCGCAGUCGCCAACUGCGCGCACCUCUCCUAGCCAUGCUUCUUAUUCUGAGAAUGUGCUGCCCACGAAAUGCAAACUUAAUGAUGUCUCUUCAGAACAUGAAGAGAAAGAACUGAGCAAAAAUAUGGAAACAGUAGUUCAAUUAGAUGAGACCGUAGUGAAAGGAGUAUCGCCACCGCCGUUGGAUCCAACAGGGACUACUGUAGAACCGAUUGUCGAAGAACCUACGCCGACUUACGAGCCAGUUGUCAAUCAUGUCCAGCCUCCAAGUCCACCGAGGCAACGACUUCCAAAGUUCAUCUCGGCGACGGAUCAACUGCGGCUGGAAUCACAAUUGUCGACGAACCAAAUAUCCAAUAGUACGCUUCCACUUUCUAAUGGCGAAAAGCGCUUGUCAAAUAUUGAAUGCUCAGAGAAGAGGCGCCAGACGCGCUUCGUCACGAAAAAAGGUCAAUGCAAUGUAAAGCACGGGAACGUAGAAGGAAAAUACCGCUACUUUUCGGAUCUUUUCACCACCCUGGUGGACCUAAAAUGGCGUUGGAACUUGUUGAUAUUCUGCUCCUGCUACGUGCUCUCGUGGUUCUUCUUCGCUUGUAUUUGGUUCUCCAUCGCGCUCAUUCACAACGACAUUCAACCACUGAUGCCUUCCAUUCCACAAAGCAACUAUCAAGAUUAUCCCGCUUUCGAGAACGUCUCGUUUGCGGAGUGCCAGACUAGCAUAGAUCAGUUCAAUCAAGGAAAGGGCCAAACUAUUCAACCCCCAAAAAACGGCCGCUCUUCUUAG